AAUUGAAGAAAAAAAGAUUCAAAAGAAAAUGAAGGUUUUACAAUAUAUUAUUUUGUGGAUGAGUUUGUGUCUUAUGUUAUCCCAAGGUUAUAGAAUCCUCGGAAUAUUUCCACAUAAACUGACAAGUCAUUUUAUUAUGUUCGAAAGUUUAAUGAAAGGUCUCGCUAAGAAGGGUCAUCAGGUCGAUGUCAUUAGUCCGUUCCCACAGAAAAAAUCAUUCGUCAAUUAUACAGAUUUAACUGUGUUAUCAAAAGGAAUCGAAUAUGUCAAUAAUGUUUCGUACGACACCGCAAAUAAACUGCCAAUGUUAAAUGCGAUUUCAACCAUAGGUGGUUAUCAGCUUUGUGAAUACUUGGGACAUCCAAAAAUCCAAAAACUAAUCCACAAUCCUCCGAAGGAUCCACCUUAUGACGUAGUUCUGAUAGAGGUUCUUGCUGCUCACUGUUUUGCUAUAUUCGGACACCUUUUCAAUGUACCAGUGAUCGGUGUCAGUACUGCAAAUUAUUUAUGGCUUAGUUCUUUAUUAGAAAAUCCCCAAAAUUUGGCCAUCUUUCCCAAUAAUUUAUUGCACUUGAACAGUCCAAUGAACUUUUGGCAACGAACGUACAACUUUCUAUACACUGUCUUCAGUAAAAUAUACAUUAAUUAUUUUACCAAAUAUCAAGAUGAACAAAUAAGAAAGUACAUCGGUCCGAAUUUACCGAGUGUGCGACAAUUGGAAAAGAAUAUUUCCAUAAUUUUAAUGAACUCAUAUUUUACUUUGGACGGAAUUAGACCUUUAACGCAGGCCUACAUAGAAGUCGGUGGAUUACAUGUUCAAGAUGACGGUUCGAAAUUAUCACCGGAGUUACAGAAAUGGUGUGACGAGAGUAAAUAUGGUUUUGUCUAUUUUUCGUUUGGUUCGAUGGUCAAGAUCGAAUCAUUUCCAAGAAAGAUUCUCGAUAUACUCUAUAAAUCUUUCGAAAGGAUAUCGCCAGUAAAUAUUCUAAUGAAGAUUCCAAAUCCCAAAGAGUUACCACCUGGUUUACCAAAGAACGUUUACACUUCACCAUGGAUACCACAAUUGAAAGUUUUACAACAUCCAAACGUGAAGGCAUUUAUUACUCAUGGUGGUCUUAUGGGAACACAGGAGGCCAUUUCAUGCGGCGUUCCAAUGAUUGGAAUACCUAUCUUCUGCGACCAAUUUGCAAAUGUCGCCAAUUACGUGGAAAAGAAUAUUGCAAUAAAACUAGACCACAAUAAUUUGUCGCAAGAUGAAAUGGACGCUGCAUUGAACGCAAUCUUAAAUAAUUCCACAUACAGGGAGGCUGCACGUAAAAUUGCACAAAAAUUUGUGGAUAGGCCAUUGAAGGCAAUCGACACCGCUAAUUAUUGGAUUGAAUAUAUCGUGAAAUACGGAUGGGACGCACUCCGUUCACCGGCCAUGGACUUGAAUUGGUGGGAAAACGAUCUUUUAGACGUAUAUACAUUCUUAUUGUUGAUUAUAGUUAUCCUCAUUUACAUAACAAUUCGAUUAAUUCAAAUAUUUCUGAGCACAAUUUUAUCUAACUCAAACAUCAACGUUUCACGCAUGAAGAAGAUGAAAAAAAGAAAAUUAACUGUAAAUGGGAAAAGAAUUCAAACUAAACGUUAUCUUGGAAGGUUAUCACCUUUGACCGAAUAUUCAUGGUACAAAAAAAUGAAAUCCUUACUGUGCAUUAUUUUUUGGAUUUACAUAUGUUUAACGUUAUCCCACGGAUAUAGAAUUCUCGGAAUUUUUUCAUAUCAUGGAAAAAGUCAUUUUAUCAUGUUCGAAAGUUUGAUGAAAGGUCUCGUUAAAAAAGGUCAUCAAGUCGAUGUGAUUAGUACGUACCCAUUGAAAAAACCAUUCGUUAAUUAUACCGAUUUGGUUGUAAUACCAUCGGAAAUAAGUAUUGUCAAUAACAUGUCAUACAAUAUCGCAAGAAAAUUCUCCAUGAUUGACAUUACUUCGAACGUAUGUGGUAAUAAUCUUUGUGAACAUUUGGCAAAUCCAAAAAUUCAGGAACUAAUUCACAAUCCUCCGAAGAAUCCACCCUAUGACGUCGUUCUGAUAGAGGUUCUUGCUGCCCAUUGUUUUGCCAUAUUCGGACAUCUUUUGAACGUACCAGUGAUCGGUGUCAGUUCUUCCAUUCUCUAUCCAUGGCAAAAUCAAUAUAUUGGAAAUCCCGAAAAUUUCGCCAUCCAUCCUAAUACUUUAUUGCAUUUUAACAAUCCAAUGAAUUUUUGGCAACGAACGUACAACUUUCUAUACACUUUCUUCAACAAAAUAUACUUCGAUCAUUUGACCAAAUAUCAAGACGAACAAAUAAGAAAGUACGUCGGUCCAAAUUUACCGAGUGUGCGACAAUUGGAAAAGAAUAUCUCAAUGAUUCUAGUCAACUCAUAUUUUACUGUGGACCGAAUCAGACCAUUAACGCAGGCCUUCGUCGAAGUCGGUGGAUUGCACGUUCAAGAUGAUGACUCGAAAUUAUCACCUGAGUUACAGAAAUGGUGUGACGAGAGUAAAUAUGGUUUUGUCUACUUCUCGUUCGGUUCUCUGAUCAAGAUCGAAUCAUUUCCAAGAAAGAUUCUCGAUAUAUUCUAUAAAUCUUUCGAAAGGAUAUCGCCAAUAAAUAUUCUAAUGAAGAUUCCAAAUCCCAAAGAGUUACCACCUGGUUUGCCAAAGAACGUUCACAUUUUGCCGUGGAUACCGCAAUUGAAAGUUCUACAACAUCCAAACGUGAAGGCAUUUAUUACUCAUGGUGGUCUUAUGGGAACACAGGAGGCCAUUUCAUGCGGCGUUCCAAUGAUUGGAAUACCUAUCUUCUGCGACCAAUUUGCAAAUGUCGCCAAUUACGUGGAAAAGAAUAUUGCAAUAAAACUAGACCACGAUAAUUUGUCGCAAGAUGAAAUGGACGCUGCAUUGAACGCAAUCUUAAAUAAUUCCACAUACAGGGAGGCUGCACGUAAAAUUGCACAAAAAUUUGUGGAUAGGCCAUUGAAGGCAAUCGACACCGCUAAUUAUUGGAUUGAAUAUAUCGUGAAAUACGGAUGGGACGCACUCCGUUCACCGGCCAUGGACUUGAAUUGGUGGGAAAACAAUCUUUUAGACGUAUAUAUAUUCUUAUUGUUGAUUAUAGUUAUCAUCAUUUACAUAACAAUUCAAUUAAUACUAAUGCUUCUUAACAUGAUAAUAUCAAAGACAAAUAACAAUUUUGCACUCGUGAAAAAGAUGUCAUAUGAACGUUGUUAUUUCUCUGACGAUCACGAUAGUAGAAAUUUAACUUGGAUAUUGCGUAUGCGACUCAUCGUUCUAACAUUUUUUCUGGCUUUUAUAGCCUCCCAAUGUUCCACCGAUGGAUAUAAAAUUUUAGGUGUGUUCCCGAUUAAUGGAAAAAGUCAUUGGAUCAUGAUGGAGGCGAUGAUGAAAGGACUCGCUGAACGUGGUCAUCAAGUUGACGUAAUUACGCAUUUUAAAUCACGAUAUAACAAUCCCAAUUAUAGGGAGAUCAUUUUGGAAAAUACUAUGGGAACAGCUGUUAACAAUUUGACCGCAAAAGAAGUCGUACAUUUUGGCCAUAUGAAUAUAGAACGUCUUACAUAUAUAGCAGGUUUCAAAUUAUGCGAGUUACUGGAGCAACCACAAUUACAAGAAAUAAUAAAAAAUCCAGCAAAAAAUCCACCUUAUGAUCUCGUAAUCACAGAGCUAUUUGUCGCUCAUUGUUAUCUUGCGUUUGGUCGUCAUUUAAAUUUACCGGUAGUUGGUAUGAUGUCUUCUCCAUUUCACGAUUGGACGAGUCAUUUCAUUGGCGUACCAACUGAAACGGCUUACGUACCAAAUAUUUUCUCGGGUUAUUCCCAACAAAUGACAUUCUGGGAAAGAUUAAUAAACACAAUAACAAUUUAUUAUUUACAAAUUCAAAUUAAUUAUUAUACCAGUAAACAAACUGAAUUAAUUAAGAAACAUUUUGGUAUGGAGACGACUAUAAAAGAUCUCUUCAAUGAACUAUCAUUGGUAUUAGUUAAUUCUCAUCAUACUGUACACGGUAUCAGAUCAUUUCCGCAAUCUAUAAUCGAAGUCGGUGGAUUGCAUCUUAGCAAUGACAUAGACCCAUUAUCACCGGAAGUACAAAAAUGGUUGGACGAAAGCAAACACGGAUGUAUUUAUUUCACGUUUGGCUCUAUGGUCAGAAUCGAAACGUUUCCGAAAGAAUUGAUGGAGAUAUUUUACAAAGCAUUUGAAAAAAUAGCGCCCGUCCGUGUACUGAUGAAGGUGGCAAAGAAGGAAGAAUUAUUACCUGGCUUACCGAAAAAUGUUAUGACUCAAAGCUGGUUUUCUCAGAUACCAAUAUUAAAGCACAAAAAUACACGUGCAUUCAUUACCCAUGGUGGUCUUAUGGGUACGACGGAAUCGAUAUACUGUGGAGUUCCAAUGAUAGGUAUACCACUUUUCGGCGAUCAGAAAAUAAAUAUACAAAAUUAUGUGAAGAGGAAGAUAGCCAUUUCCCUUGGUUCGUUUCAAGAGGUUACCGAAGAAAAAUUGACAAAUGCCUUGGAAACCAUUCUAAAUGAUCCUUCUUACAUGAAAAACGUGAAGGAACUUUCUAAGAUGUUUACCGAUAGGCCACAAUCAGCGAUGGAUACGGCAAUAUAUUGGAUUGAAUAUGUUAUCAAACACGGUAAAAUCUUACAAUCGCCGGCCAUUCAUUUACCUUGGUGGCAAAAAAAUUUAUUUGACGUCUACGGAGUGAUACUACUUGCUAUCAUUAUAACACUCUAUAUUAUCAUAGUUCUUUUACGUGGAUUGAAAUAUUUUUAUCGUCUUAUCUUUCAAGCAUCUGAUAAUAGAAAAACACCGUCUAAAUCAAAGAAAAACAAUUGACGAAAUUAU